AUGUCCACGUUCACCAAGUUCGCGGUCGUCGGUGCUGGAGGCGUCGGCUCCGGAAUCGUUGAUGGACUGCUCAAGGCUAACGCCACUGUGACUAUCUUGACUCGUGACGACUCGAAGGCUGAGCUUCAGGCGUUCAAGGAUCGCGAAGCUUCCCUCGCUAAGGUGAACUACGAAGACGCUCUAUCGCUGAAGACGGCGCUGGCCGGUAGUGAGUUUGGUAUGCAAGACGAGGACGGACCUAACGCCAUGAAGCAGCAGGUCCGCGACCUACUGAAAGAGCUCAACCUGCCGUUCGCCCUCUUUCACGGUGGACUGUGGGCGGAGUACAUGCCAUUCUUCCUGGGCUGCAACUUCGAGAAAGGAAUCGUGACUGUUGCUGGAGAAGGUGAUGCGAAACUAAGCAUCAGCUCGUUGGAGUGGUCUCGCUUUUCCGUUGAGAGCGACCGCAUGUCCCCGAAGGAGAUCGCCGCAGUCGCCGAGAAGAAACUGGGCAAGAAGGUGGAGCUCCAACUGGUGAGCUACGAGGAAACCAAGAAGACCUACGCUACCGACUCCGUCGCGUACAUCUCGACGCGUAUCGCGGAUGGACGCUGCGUGUCCGGGACUCAGGAGGAGGCCAAGGAGACCGUGGCGAGGUUUUACCCUGACUGGAACCCGACGCCUUACGAGACGUUCAUUGCGUAG